AUGCCCGUCGUCUCUCAAUCCCGCCUACCUCCGACCUCGUCUCCGAUCACCGGCUCGUUCCGGUCAUCACUCACCUCCACGUCCAUAGACAAGCCGUACUAUCGCUCCAGCAGUGGCACUUACGUCAAUUCGACCCUACGCUCCAGCUAUGGCGACCGGACCACAGAGUUCAGAUAUAGAUAUUCAGAUGUCGAUGGCAAGAGGGAGAGGAAGACGUCCCUCGUUGAGUAUUCGAGGGGGUCGAGGGCACCGAGCGUGACGGACUCGGAUAGCGGGAUCUCCACUAAAUAUAGGUCGGAGAGAAGUGAAUCCAGGUCGCGGGAUGUUUCGACAACGAGGAGUGAGAGUAGCCGGACUACGGAUAUUAACAGGAAGAAAAGAGAUGUCCUCAGUUCCGCAGCUCUGGAGAUGUCAACAGCAGAAUUUUACAACAAGUACUCGCCCGCCAAUUAUGUGCCGCUACCGCAACGGAUACAGCAGAGUCGAGAGAACUACGGCGAGAUCUCUAGAUCGAAAUCGAUCUCCAAUGACAUAGGCAGACCGCCUGCGCCGGAGUUGAGGAUUCGAAAACCCAGAAAUUCCGCCGCGACUAUAAUAACUGAGAAACCGGAAAGCAGAAGAAAAAAACCAACGUUUACAACUUCUUCUAAUGGAAUAAGAGACAGCAAUGGCAAUGAUGUACCCUCAGUCGCGGAAAUACGAAAGCAGUUUGAUCGUAAAAUACCCGUUACGAAACUGCCCGCAAAUGAAGCAAAGUAUAGCACUAAGACAGUGGAGCAGUACCUAAAUCAGUUGAAAGAUUGUGAAAAUGGCUCCAUGGGGUAUAUAAAGCUAAAUCCAAAAGACGACCAGCCCGUGCCGAUCCAUUUGCCAAGCGAGAAAAAUGGCAGAUACGAAUCUCCUACAAAGUUAUCAGACAUCACUUUGAGCAAGACAAUAUCUGAGCCCGUAUCGCUGGCUAAGCCGUCAAUUGAUAGGACUGCCAUGUCUACGUCAUUUACGAGCAAAUCCGAGAAAUUAGCAAGUAUAAAAAGUCAAUUAGAUCCAAACAAUCCGAUUGGAAAAAUCUUAGAGAAAUCAACAGUCAUACAUAUGGAGAACGGAGAUGUCGAUGAGAAGACAAGUAGCCCUGAAAUUAAAAGUCUCAAGAACGACAUAGAGAAGCAAGUGAAAACACCCAAGCACACAUCCAAUUUCGCGUCAUACAUCCAAAUAUCGCAGCCAGUGGCGUCUGGUCUUUCACCUAAAUCGGAAAAGAAGAAACUCAAGUGUAUAGACUCUGAACAACCGUUAGAUGAAUCGCCGACUGGCUUUGAAAACAAGACGUUUGAGCAUGAAAACUUCUUGAAGAAGAGAUCGGAGAAAAUAGAAGAUGAAGUGAAAUCAAUGGAGACCAGCACGGAGAGUACCAUAAGUGAACCGACUGACUCUAGUCCGGAAACCCCACCAGCGAGACGUAGGAUUCUGGAAAAGGACUUUGAUGAUAUAAAAACGGAGUUGGCUGGGGGUAAGAGCGGACCGAGCGGCCUGCGCAGGAGUAGCACGCCUCAAAGCGAGAAGAAUUCUACUACUAGCGGUCUCAACGGGCUCCGGAACAUAGGGAACACGUGCUUCAUGAACAGUGUGCUCCAAUGCCUUUCGAACACACGUCCCUUGCUGGAAUACGUUUCGGACGAGAAGUACACAAACGACAUUAACACCACGCUCAGUUGCAUGAAGGGCGCGCUGAUUAAGGCGUUCGCAAGUCUGAUUAAGGAGCUGUGGCGCAACGGUGACCGCGAUUCCUUCGUCAACACGACGUCGUUCAAGUCGCAGGUUCAGCGCUUCGCGCCCAGAUUUAUGGGUUAUAGCCAGCAAGAUGCACAGGAGUUUCUGCGCUACCUACUUGAGGGUCUGCACGAGGACGUGAACCGGGUCACCGUCAAGCCGAAACCUAUCUUGACCGAAAUCGAAGACAGCCUCAGCGAUUCGGCCAAAGCUGCCGAAUCCUGGAACCGUUAUCUUCGUAUGGAGGACAGUCGAGUUGGAGAUAUUUUUGUCGGCCAAUUAAAGUCUACGCUGCGCUGUACCCAUUGCAAGCACGAUAGUGUCACUUUUGAUCCGUUUUGGGAUUUGAGUUUACCAAUACCGUCGCGCACCGGCAACCUCAAGUUGCAGCAGUGUUUGCAACAUUUCGUCAAAGAGGAAGAGCUUGAUGGUGAUGAAAAGCCGACAUGUUCAAAGUGCGGUGUGAGACGGAAGUGCCUCAAAUGGUUCACCGUACAGAAGUUCCCUCAAGUGUUGGUGCUGCAUCUUAAACGCUUCUCGCCGACAGAACGUUUCCGCGGCAAACUGAGUGUGGUCGUGGAGUUUCCUCUGACCGGUCUGGAUAUGUCACCUCUUGCCGCCAACAAGACCAGCUCAGCUGUGUACAAUUUGUACGCUGUCAGUAACCAUUCGGGAACAACAUAUUCUGGGCACUAUACGGCGUACUGCAAGCAUCCCUACACAGGCGAAUGGCAUGAAUAUAAUGAUUCGAGAGUAACACCAAUAAACCCACGCGACGUUGUCUCUCCGGAGGCGUACGUGCUGUUCUACGAACUCGCUUCUACCACAUAG